UUUGAACCAUUUGAACGUUCACUUAAGGACUAAGGAUAGUAUCUUACUAUGAUUUACUAAUUUCCUUUUCCUCUUUUAUCGUUAAUAUACCUAGGCUCACGCCUGGAGGUAUUGGUGAUCCACUGCUACAAGACACGGAAGGUCGUUAAGCGAAAGCUUCUUCUAUUCCGUCUAAAACCAUUCGAACCAUUUGAAUCAGCGCGUGACUUGAGCUUAGCGUCACAUGGCAGCAUUUACAAUGCUAGACGGUGUGAACAAUGUGGUCGCUGAGUUAUAUUCGUAUUUUACGGAUGUUCAGAUAUCCUUUAUAAAAUAUGCUAUAACUGCUCUUCUGGUGACAUCUACGUCUUUCUACUUGUUACGAAGAAGCCUCGGAAAAGACCCAGUCUUAAUCAACACGAAAAAGUCUAAAACACGCAUCAAGAAAAGCAAGACGAAAUCGUCUGAUGGUAGAACAUCGUCAUCGGUAUUUUAAGUUCAUAAUAUAACUUCGAUUUCAGGAUUGUGAUCACGCAGAAAUUAAAAAACCUAUGAUCCCACCAUGCAACACAAGUAUCGUGAAUGCUCAAAAAUCACGUAUUCCUGUGAGUACAACCGUUGAAGUGUCGCCCAUGUUACAAAAUCUUGCAAAAGAUGAUCCUGGAAACGAUGAAAAGAGCGAUGAUUGGGUUACUAUUAAAAAAGGAAAGAAGAUUUCAGAUCAGCGUCCAAAAUAUAAGGAAACUAUUAAAGAGCCUAAAACAAUUAUCUCAGAGGUCAUCACUUCGAAAGGCGAAAAUGGUGGAAAGCAUCAGUUUGCGAGUGCAGAAAGUGGUGUCGAUCCUGUACCUCUAAAGGCAUCAAAAAAAUUGCCACUUGUUCCACAAAUUCCGACUUAUAAGUCGGCUGUUUUCGAAUCUGAUGGUGAUUGGCAUGAGGUUCGACCCUCAAGGAAGGGGCGCAAGACGGUGAAACAAUGAGGUCUCCAUACAUACGAAGUGUACAUAUCCCCUGUGAUUUCUACAAGUGCCUACUUUGUUGUUAUCCUAUUUUUGUUUUUUUCAUUCCAUUAUCCUUAUACAAACCGUAUUAAUCAAGUUCCAUAUUUACUAGUGUAUUGUAUCACUUGGGAUUUAAUAACCGUCAGAUACUAGAAUCAAGAUUCGGUCGUCGGCUUUGUCUUUCUUUUUGUCUCAUAAUGUCCAUUAUUUUGUAAUAUGAUUCUUGUGUUCAGCAUUAUCACUUUUCGAACUGUAAUGUUCUUGUCAGGUAAACAGUUUGACCCAGUUUGAUCAAUAAAGUAUGUCAUUGUUAUCAAUCUUAUCUUAUUGAAUAUUAAAUAUACUUGUCGUUCAUCUUGUAUACAAUUAUCUCAUGUAUUGAGACCUAUUGCCCAAAUUUGAAACUCGAUGCACGCUGUAUGUAAAGUUUGAGAAACCGAAAAUGCUACUUCGCUCCAUCGUUAUGCUUAAUCCUCUGAGUUUGUAACUGUGGUUAACUUUACUAUAAAUUCGCAACAUCUUAUUAAUCACUUUGUGAUGGCGCAUUUAAAAUACUGAUAGCUCUUCUGACAUUCCGGGGAACGCCCGAAUCAAAUUAUGCGGGAACACUUAUGUAAACUACCUUGUAAAAUAAAAAUAAUCCGCACUAAUUUUUUAGUAGUUAUAUUUUUAUUAAAUAGCCAAGCAUGGUCCCCGUCAUACAUAGUCUAUAAAGUAAAAGAGCUGAAAAGUAAAGUAGUAAGACUAUCAUUGACUGUAAACUGAUCGGUAUCUGUGUCCUUGGUAAUCUAUUUAUGUGGCCAGUUUGCCUUCGAGAUCAUGAUUACUUUCUAGUCGUUCGGAGAAAAAUUUUUGUUUGACUUCUAGAAAAGUCAAAAUUGCAACCAGUAUUGCCGUCUGCCUUUCUCACGUAUGCACUUGUCUAAUUCUGACGUUUAAAACUAACUCAUUCAUGUUACAUUCAAGGUGACCUAUCCUAGCUAUGUAAAAUCAUCUUAGAACAUUGAAGACGUACUUGGAGAUAUUUAUAUAGGUUUUGAGCUUAUCGGAUGUUACUAUAAGUCAAGACCACCAUAUGUAAUAAGCUUCUAUGAUUGCAACAUGGCUUACAGAAGUAUCUCAUUUUACGUUAUAAAAAGAUGUGUUGCAUUGCCUCCAAGUGACAAUGAUUGUAGCUUGGCGUACAAGUGAAAUCAAACUAAAGUUAGUAAGGUUAUGAACUUCCGAUGACAUAGAUUUUGCCAGUGUUCACAUACCCUGACUUGAUAUAUUGUCUGGAGUGGGUAGUGAUAAAGCAAGCACUCAAACUUUUAUCCUGAUAAAUAGUCAGUCAGUCAGUAACAACGUAGAACUUCGUACGUAUGUACAUCAUUUCGAGUUGCCACACCACCUUAGCACAGAGAUGCAGUUGUCGAUUCGAAUCCCGUAGUGGUAGAGGUAGCAAGAGUAUAAGCAGUAAUCGGGAAGAUUAGGG